GAAAAAAAAAGAUGCUGGGAAGGCUGCAAUAAUCGAGGAGAGAUCUGUAGAGUGGGAUUGACUGAGCCCAGAAAAUGGCAGCUCCAGGUUCUGAGCAGCAGGAAUGAAAAGUCGCCGGCGGAUGUACUCCGCUGUCAUGCGCCUCUUCCUGAAGUGUUUGCGGAUAGGUCAGCGGCGCCGGUUCUGGCUGACCCAGCAAGUGGAGCAACUGUGGCUAUAUGGGCGUCUCUGUUUGUGCUCUCUCUUUUACAACUCUUUUGCUGAUAGUGACACAGCUCUUGAUGCCCUCUUUGAGCCUAUAUACUGGCUGGUGGAUCAUGUCACUCGAUGGUUUGGGGUGGUGUUUGUGGCUCUGGUGAUUACAUUGACCAGUUCUGUGGUGGGCAUAGUGUACAUUUGCCUCCUACCAAUCAUUCUGCAGACCUACCCCAUUGCCUGGAUAUUCUGGCAUAUUAUCUAUGGCCAUUGGAACCUUGUCAUGAUUGUCUUCCAUUACUACAUGGCUAUCACUACUCAGCCUGGUUAUCCACCACAGCACCCAAAGAAUGAUCUUGCUGCUGUCUCAAUAUGCAGGAAAUGUAUUGCCCCCAAACCUGCCCGGACCCACCACUGUAGCAUCUGUAACAGGUGUGUGUUGAAGAUGGACCAUCACUGCCCAUGGCUUAACAACUGUGUGGGACACUACAAUCAUCGCUAUUUCUUCUCCUUCAUGCUUUUCAUGACCAUGGGCUGCAUCUACAGCAGUGUCAGUGGCUGGGACAUGUUCUGGGAAGCUUAUGCUGCUAUUGAGAGAAUGAAACUACUUGACAAGGAGAAACUGCACGUGACAGCCAAUCAGACUUACUCUCAGACACCACCACCCACCUUUUCCUUCCGCCAGCGAGCUUUCCACAAGAGCAUAGUAUACGCUUGGGUCCUCUGCAGUUCAGUAGCCUUGGCAUUAGGUGCCCUCACGCUUUGGCACUCAGUCCUCAUCACCCGUGGCGAAACCAGCAUCGAAAGACACAUCAACCGCAAAGAAAAAAAGAGGCUGCAAAAAAAGGGCAAGACAUUUCGAAAUCCAUACAGCUUUGGUCCCUUGGGCAACUGGAAGGUUUUCCUGGGUAUCGAGAGACAGAGACACUGGAUCACUCGAAUUCUACUACCUUCCACACAUCCCCCUUAUGGAUCUGGCUUGAGUUGGGACACUCCUCCCUGUGUUGCUCGACAGAAGACUCCUCUUCUGGCAAUCUGAGUGGGAUGAAGAGCAGAGCAUACCAGCUGGUGGAAAACUUGAAACCACAGGUUCCGUUCACUGGGAAGCAUAACAGAAAAUAUAGUCCCUAAGCUGGCAGCCUAAUGCCACAGUGGUAUGCAAUGAACUGUUCAUCCAGCAGGAGACUGGGGAACCUCCAGCUGCAGCCAGGGAUCUAUUGCCUGUGUCUGUUUUGUUUUGCACAUAGUCCAGUGGGGCUAGAGCAAAGUAUUGUCAGUUUUGAGGGGCAAGUAGCUCUUCCCCUAACUCAUGGAAGUUAACUGGCAUAUUAGGUCCUGUUGCUCUUCCUGUAAGGAUGCAGGGAUUUUUUUUUACCAUAAAAAUAAAUAUAUAUAAAAAAUCAUCGCCUCUUCAGUGGGAAAAGGGGCAGUGAAGGGAUUUGAAUACAAACUGGUGACUGAUAACUCACAAGAACAGAUUGCAUUUAAAAAAAAAAAAGUAAUUCUUUACUUUUAAUGCUGACUUCUGAUUGAAUAGUUAUUUCAAACAGCAAGCAGUAGUUGACACUAAGCAACAUGUGCAUUACCGAUCCCCCCUAUCCAGGUUAUUUUCAACAAGUUGUUAUUCAAGUCAGUGUUUCAAUAGCUACAAUUCAACUGCAGCCCUAGAACAUAUAGGGUAUGUUUACACAACACACUUAACAAGGUCAUUUAAAGAAACAGGAGUCUAGAGGUAUCCCUCCCCCAACAGGCAGAAAUCUACUUGGUCUGACCUAGUUAAGCCUCCACUGAUAUAGUACAUUAAAAAUCAUAACUUGGCACUG